CACGGAUGUUCGCGCCAGAUUUUAAACACCCGAUAUUAAUUGUGUUAUUUUAAUGGAUUUGGGUCAUAAUGCCACUUUUAGGCAAGAAGAUUUUUGCCCCAUCGAAGCCAUUGGCAGAUAUUCAACCGAAUGAGGCAGUGUACACGAUCCCAUACACAGGAGAAAAGUUCCGACAGAAGUCUGAAUACGACCAAAGAUGUAUGAUGUACAAAGAAAGAAUAUGGACUUGUCAAUGCACGGGCCACGUGAAUCUGUCAUAUGAAGAGGCAUGGAAUUCUGAAAAAGCAGUCCAUAAAACAAUCAAAGAUCAAUUUUCUGAUUGCUUCAAGAAACCAACUUUAGAAAUUGUUCAUCAUGCGACGGUAUCGUUAGAUAAUUUAGUGGAUCAGGCAUGGUUAAAACUACAACAAGUUUUAUGUAUUGGUGAACAUGUAACUUUAAAAGUGAAAUCAGCAGCGAAGACAAUUAAAGCAACUAUCGUCAGUGUAGACACAUGUGGAGUAAACGCCAAUCCUACUAGUAACUGUAGUUCACCAUCAAGUGAUAAAGAAAAUAGUGCAUCUGAAGGAAAAGAAGCAAGUCCUAAAAAAUGGCUUCCGCCCAAGUUAUUACCUUAUAAAUAUAGUAUACGUCUGGAAGAUGAAGAUAAAGUCAUCAAUGCUGUACCAGCUUCUGAUUUGUCGCGAAAUGAGCGUCCACCACCUAAAGAUUUAUUAAGAUUGUUUAUUAGAGCUAAUACGUUACGAGCUGGACAUACACCUACUAGUCCAUGGGUUGUUAAUGAGGCAAUGGUACAAAAAUACAAAUUACCCAGCAAAUUCGCAGAUUUUUUACUUUCUCCUGCCAAGAUGGCUGAAGCAGCUAAAAGAGCAGAAGAAGAAAUAUCUCGGAAAAGAAAAGCAUCUAAAUCAAGGGAUAGGUCAUCAAAGAAACAAAAAUUAGACAAAAAUUCUAAGUCACCUAAGAAAAAAAAGAAAUUAACUGAAAUGAAAGUGAAAAAAUCUGUAAACAAAGGUGUGAUAGAAAUUGAUCCAGACAGUAGCUCAGAUGAUGAAGUUGUUUUAUCGAAAGUGGUCAGAAAAUCAACAGGUGGAACUGACAGUGAUUCUGAUACCCCCCUAAUGAAAAUGAAAUUAACUCCUAAAAAACGUAAAAGUGCUGAUGCGAGUUCGGAUAGUGAUGAUGAACCUUUGAUUAAUCUAGGAAGUGCUAAUAAAAAAUCCCCUAAGAAAAAGAAAACAUCUUCCCCUAAGAAAUCUCAAAAACAGUCUACCAGUAGUAGUGACAAGAAGAAACGAGGCCGUCCAAAGAAAGGAGAGGAGAGGGUGAAAAUAAAACUAAAAAAGAAAAAGUCCAGUGAAAAGGGGUUAAAACAGAUGACCUUGUUUGAAGUUGCAUCAAAAAAGGGAGGUAAAUCUCCCAGUAAGACUACACCAAGAAAACUACUUUCACCUGUCAAUAUAACCCCUGCUAUUGUUUCACAAUUGGUAAAAGCACAGGGUUUAGAAGAUAAAACAAAGUUUAUAGGUUUAGUGAAAAAAGCUGCAGUCACAUUAACAGCUACUCAACGUAAUAAUUUACCCAAGUCAGUUAAAGCUGAGGUUGUCCAAAAAUAUGAACAAAAUAAAGAAAGACAGUUAAUAGCUAAAAUGACACCUGCUGAAAGAGAAACAUAUUUUAAGAAAAAGAGACAGGAAAGAAAACAAGAAAGGAAUAAGCGCUAUGAAGAUCAAGGUUUAAAAUUGACACCAUUACCAGUACCUAAAUUAGUAUCUAGUCCUGAUAGUUUACCUAAUGAAGUAUUUGGAGAUAUUGCUAUGGUAACGGAGAUGAUUAGUUGUUAUAAAGGUUUAUUAAUGCCAGAUGAUGAGUAUCCUAUAUAUACCGAUGCGUUAAUGAAAGCUCUUGCAAGUGGACCAAAUGGUUUUGCCUAUCUAUCACGAGUAUUAGGAGUCUUAUUACAGACAUUAUUACAAGAUGGAAUAGCAGAGGGUUAUACAGAGUUAAAAGUUAAAUUAUCUGAUAUACCUGUCAAUCCGUUUACAGUAUCUGAAUUAGUACGUCUAUGUUUACGUAGUAAUGAUACUGGUGAAGAUGAAGAUGAUAUGAGUGAUGAUCAACAAGAUGUAGAUGUGGCACAGAAUAUUAUUGGGAAAUUAGAAGAUGAAGAAUUUUAUCAGUUAGAUCCUUCAGAUAAACUAGCUAUAUUAAAGGGUUUAUGUUUACGUAUUAUGGGAUCCUACUCAGUACAAGAUUAUAUGGAAGAUAAACAGGUUCAAGCUGUAAAGCUUACAAAACAGAAAUAUGCAGAACAAAGAGAGAUGAAUGAAAAAAAUAAGAAAGAUAAACAACAAAAGGAAGAAAAUAAAUCUGAGAAUCCUACACCAUCUUCCUCGAAUACAUCACAAAAUACUUCAGGACUUGUAAUGUCUGCCUUUUAUGGUACCUUAGAUAAAGUUGACUCGGAUUCCAAUCCAACAACAGAAACUGUAUCAGCUGAUGAUGAAGAUAACCUAGUAACAACAAUAAGGAGUCGGAGAGUUAAUGCUGCUAAAGUUGCUGCUGAAAAAGCUAAGCGGGAAGAUGAACGACGAAAACAGAUAGAGAAAGAUAUGGCAGAAUACAAGAAACAGAAAGAAAAAGAAAACUUUGAUAAGACUUACAAGGAUGGUAUUGAAGCUGCUAAACAGACAUUGCGACUAGUACCUAUAGGAACAGAUCGUAAUCAUAAUAGAUACUGGAUAUUUAAUUCUACAACACCUGGCUUAUAUAUAGAAAAAGGCUGGGUAACAGAUGACUACAGUUAUAAUGUCCAGUCUGAUGGUGAUGAAUCUGUUGCUAAAUUAUUAACUCCUAAAAAAUCAAAUGUAACUGUUAGUCCUCAAGUUACACCAAGAAAAUCUCCUAAGAAGAAUGCACAAAUUGCUCCAAGUUUUCCCCAUGUUGGUCAGAAUCUAUGGUUUGAGUAUGAUUCAGUUAAAGAUUUAGAUCAGCUGAUAAAAGCAUUACAUCCACAAGGUUUACGAGAAAGUAAUCUGAAGACUGAAAUAACCAAACGAUACGAUGAUAUAACAAAAGCUAUCAAUAUAUCUAAAAGAACUAAUCUAGAGUUACGAGAUUCGGAUGGCGAUGUAGAAAUUCUAGCAGGAAUCCGAAGAGAAAUACUAGAGAUGGAAGUUAGAUUACGUAAUGGUGGACUGGGUGGUGUACCAGAUUUCAGUGUUUGGGAACAAAAAGUUCUCUCUUGUGAAACGUUAGAUGUCUUUGGAUCAUUAUUACUAGAUGUACAAACUAAUGUAUUAGAGAAGUUUUUAAAGGGUAUAAUGAAACCUAAAACUCUACCUACAGUCACUACAACUACAGUAAAGACUGAAGUUAAAGAUGGAGAAUCGGAUGAAGAAGAAGAAGAAGAAGAUGAGAAGAGUAAUAUGCCUAAGACUUUAACAGACUGGAUACAAGCUGUAGAGAAUUGUCAAACUAUAUCUCGAUUACACGUCUUAUUGGGUAUACUAGAAACUAGUAUUAGAUGGGAAAAAUCAGCUGAAAAUGCGAAAUGUAAGAUAUGUCGUAAGAAAGAUAAUGACGAUAGAUUAUUAUUAUGUGAUGAAUGUAACCAGGCAUUUCACAUGUACUGUUUACGGCCAGCCUUACGUGAUGUACCUAAAGGUGAUUGGUUCUGUGCUGCGUGUGCUCCAACUCGAAGACCUACUCAUAACUAUCGUAGAUUUGGCUUUGAUGAACCUAACUAUGAUGAUAAUGCUACAGUAGGUGGUACUAUAGAACAUGAAGAUACAUGUGCAGAGUGUGGUGGUGAUGAAGAUCUAAUAGAAUGUUCUGUCUGUCCUCUAGUAUAUCACACCUUCUGUCAUGAUCCUGUAUUACGUUAUCCACCCAGAGGACAUUGGGAAUGUAUGGAGUGUAAAAAUGGUGGUAAAAGAAGGAAAGGAAAGAGGGGUAGUAAAGCAUCUAAAGGAGGAGGAAGGCGCCAUAAUUAUAAUGAUGACGAAACAGCAGACAGUUCAGAAGAAGAAUAUAAACCCAAUAGACCACCGCCUAAGAAGGUUAAAUCUGUUAGUAAACGCAGUAUAUCUAAAUCACGAUCUGUUGCUAUAGAACCAGAUGAUACCCCACCGAAAACUAAUCGUAGAGCGCCGUCAGAAUUAUCACUCUGUGAAGACAUCUUGACGCAACUAGUGAAACAUAAAUGUAGCUGGCCUUUUGCUGAAGCAGUUAGUAAAAAAGAUGUACCAGAUUAUUAUACAAUUGUCAAACAUCCAAUGGAUUUCCGCACCAUGAGGAAUAAAUUUAUGACAUAUUCUUCUGCCCAGGAAUUUAUUGAUGAUCUGAGUUUAGUUUUUAGAAAUACAGCCCAAUAUAACAAGGAAGAUACAGAGAUAUAUCAAUGUAUGUUGACGUUAGAGAAAUUAGUUGGCCAAUUAAUCAGUGCUUAUCUACCUAAUCACAUCUAUAGUCGUGAUGUUGUCGCCAAUGGCUACCAUGAUCAUGGCUACAGCAGCAAGAGAAAGCGACGAUGAAGAUUAUCCUAUCUUUGUAUUUCACCAGAGUUUGAAUCGUGAUUGAAAUCGUAGGUUUCAUUAGAAAAUUUCCCAAUCAUGAAAGUAAAAUAGAUUUAUUUUUAUUUGAAAUACUCGCAAUAAUGAAUGGAAAAAAUUCUUUUAAUUAAUUAAUGUUGUGUUAUCUAUGAAUUUAAAAGAGUGAAAUGCUUAUGUUUCCACAAAUUGAAUUACAGUAGUUGUAGGAAAAUGUUUUUAAAAAGCACAGUAUAUAUUUUAUUGUAUAUAAAGACAUCUGAUGUUCGAUAUAAGUUAUGUAUAAAAUUUCACAUUUAUUAUAGUGCGUCAACUGUUUUGAAUUUUUCUUUUUAAAUGCUGAUAUUGUCUUUAGCACCAACUAGACAGGACAUUAUCAUGUAAUAUGUUAUGUAUUUUAUUAUUUGAAGAUAAGAGAACAUUGAUUCCCAGUUCUAUCAUUUAUAGACCAUUGUUUAUGUAUACAUUAAUAUAAACAUUUAACACAGCAGACAUUAGUUUUAUGCUGACGGAAGAAAAUAAUUGUUGAUUAUACAUACACAUUAUCUCUAUUUCAAAAAAACGAAAGCGGGCGAUAUAAGUAUACAUAAACGGGUCGAUUUCAGUCCUCCCUAAAAUGUAUAAAUUUGUGUAUAAUUUUAUCUCUACAUGAUUCAACAUUAAGGCAUAUUGUACAGAGAAAUUGGUUAAAGGGGAGCAGCUUAGAAAUUUAAAGCUGAUCAUACUCAACUAGCUUCACAAACAUUUAUUUCGACAUAAAUUGUUUUGUUUUAUUACAUACAAGUAAUUAUGCCUAAAACUUAAUGUGGUACAUUCAUCUAGGUUUAAUAAUUAUAGAAUCGUUGUACUAAUCAAUUUGUGUUCAGUGUAUUGAUUUGUACAAUCACAGUACCUGACUUGAGACAUUAAGGAAACAGGGAUAUAAAUAAAUCAGUAGUUAGAUUUUCAGCCCAAAUUAAUACUGGACCAUGUAAGAUCUGAAAAACAAUAUUUCAUAUUUUGUCAAUUCUUAAAAACUCAGUCUAAAGCAUUUGAAUUUACUAUCUUUGCUCCUUUGAAUAAUACAGACCAUUUAUAGACAAUUUCCUCAGCCAUAGCAGUUAUCUAUUAAUAUAUACAUAGGCAGUUCUCUGAAUAAAUAAGACAUCAUCACAGCCAUCUUGGGAUUGUGACAUGUCAAAAAUCAUGGUUCGUCAAUGAACAUGCAUGCUAAGUUUCAUGUCGAUCAUACAUGCAUUGGAGGCACUUUAGGCUGAAGAGUGUUGCUUCAAAGAACAACAAGAUGAGUAGCUCUUGGAGAACAUUUGCUGGUACAAAAAUACAUAGGCAGUUCUCUAUUAAUAAAAUAUAUAGAUUGACUUAUCUAUAUCUGAUUGUAAAGUGCUAGUAUGGUAGAUUUGCUAAACAUUGUCUUUAUUUUUAUACAUCAUGCUGUCAAAAGUAUUUGUUAGUCUGUUUCACCUACUGUAUUACUGACCGGUCAAAUACAUAAGAUGAAAAUGUGUAGAUAUGUCUCUAUUUAACAAUAAAAAUUCAUGUUUUAGUAUUUAGAUAAAAACUUUUUUGGUGGCUUUCUCCUUGUUAUAACUUUUUAGUCAUAGUCGCGCAGGCGCUAUCAAAAUAAAAUGGUUGAGUAAUGGAAUAAAAUUCAUGUAAGUUUUAUGUCUAAUUAUUAUUAAUGAAUAUAAUAGUCAUCAUUGUUAUCUGUUGUCAUAACCUGUACAUUGGCUUCAUUAAAUAAACUAUAUUCACAUAGCCUA